UUCAGUAGCCUAAAUAUAGUGGUCUCGGAGGUCAAAUUAACCCGUCGCGGCCGAAUUGUCGAUUCACGGAUCAAAAAGGUUUAUCGCUGUACCUGUGACGCCUCAGCGAGGCACUCUUCCGACGGAGACUUCCAGCGCAUUUAGAACUUGUUAUGAGAUGGACUCGUUGUGCAUGGUUGUACAUGACAGUUGUUGAUUGCAAAAAACAAUUAGUGCAAUUUCAUUUCAAUCAGCUUAUGCAUUAUUAACAGGCCACAUGUUAUCGCACAGAACAGAAGCUACAACAUAAACGAUUUAAGCCUCGUGAAAACUGCACGAGAUCGGUGAAUCAUAGCACGAGGUGGCUGAGACAAGACAAGUUCAUUGACGGGUGAAUCAAAGGGACAGUUGGUCAGCUAUGCCUUUCCUCCGAUUGCGUUUCGCCAUCUUCUCCUUGACGAUAUCCGUGUUUCAUAUUUUCCCUCAGGGGACCGUUGAAGCAUGCUUCGGUAAAAAUUGGGCAUUGAAUAAGCCUACAGGCACCUACCCUAGAGACACGGCAAUGUUACAAAAUCAGGCAAUACCGGUAAAUGGCAAGAGGGAUAAUCCUGAACACACCUGUGCAGAGAUUAGCACACAGAUUAGUGCCCCUGGUAGCUGGUUUGUGGAUUUGGGAAAGUCAAUACCGAUCAGAACAAUCAUUAUGACGUAUAGAGGACGCAAUAACGAGCCGGUCGGCUUUGAAGUGAGGCUGUUUGACACAAGUCCAGGACAAUAUGUAUCAGGCUAUACUUGUUUGACAAGAGAUCCAAGCAUAUUAAGCAAUCCGUAUAUUGUUGAAAUCGUCUAUUGUAGCGGUAAUGAUUACCGAUAUGUCUCAGUUACGACAACAUCGGGCGAACAUGUACUGCUUUGUCAAGUGGAGGUCUAUGAGUUUGACAUCCGCAUUGGGCACUUUUCCCCCACAACACUACCCUUGACUGUUCAACAGUACCAGGUUUUGACUACCAGGAGCAGGAUAGAAUGCGCUACGAUGUGCUUGAAAACGACGACGUGUGUCGGAUUCAACUACAAAACUCAAGCCAAAGAGUGCGACCUCUUUGACCACGCGGCUUCAACAUCAGCAGUUUUGCCAACAUUCACUCUGGACUGUCGUAUCACGGAUGAUUAGCGACUUGGCAUCCAGCUAUUGUUUUCGAGGUAGACCAAGCGGACAACGAUUUGUUAGAGGGCAACAACUGGGACAUUAUUGGCGAAUGCGUAUUUGCAAUCUGUCUUUUCUCGCAAGGAAUGAGACUUGCAAAAUAAACAGAUACAAAUGUAAUUCAUUUAGAUGAUAUAAAGUAAAGUAAAGUUUGUUUAUCAUAGUGUCACCCCUAAAGAAAGGGCCAGCAAGCUUUUGGCUUAUGAGACACUCUUUACUUCCGAACUCCUGCCACGCGCCUGGCGAGAAGGCAAUUUUUACCCUAUAUUUAACUAUCUUGCGGCUAACCCAGAAGUAUUAAGGUAGCAGGAAGGGGUGGGCGUUGGUGGUAUCCGAGUGU